AUGCCUCAAGCAACCCAACCUAAUAUUGCUAUCAAUGACACACCCAACCAAGACCCCACCGAGGAUUGGGAAGCCUCACUCUCCGACAAUCGCAUCCACCUCCUCCUCGCCGCAACCGGCUCCGUCGCAACAAUCAAGAUACCCCAGAUAAUCAGCGCCCUAGCACCUUACACCCACAAGCUCUCAAUCAGAGUAAUCUUCACACAUCACGCGCAACACUUCCUCGGCGGCCAAUCAGCCGAACAGCCAACCCUCUCCUCCCUCCGCUCCUUACCCGGCGUAGAAGCCGUCUACGACGACGCCGCAGAAUGGGGCCCAGAGCCCUGGCGUCGCGGAGCCGACAUCCUGCACAUAAAUCUCCGGCGGUGGGCAGAUCUGCUGGUGAUAGCACCUCUGUCGGCCAACACGCUCGCGAAGCUCGCCAACGGCGUCAGCGAUAACCUGUUGACGUCGGUGUGUCGGGCGUGGGAUACCGAUGGGCAGGUGGACGGGCAGCGGAAGCGCAUUCUUGUCGCGCCGGCUAUGAAUACCGCUAUGUGGCGGCAUCCGGUGACGGCUAAGCAGAUCCGGGUGCUUGGGGAGGAAUGGGGUGUGAGAAGAGAUGAGGGUACGGGCGAGGAGACUGGGUGGUUUGAGGUUCUGCCGCCGCAGGCGUCGAAGAUGUUGGCUUGUGGAGAUGUUGGGGGUGGUGCUAUGUUGGAAUGGACUGAUAUAGUUAAGAUCAUUGAAGAUAGGCUUGGCUUAGAAUGA